ACUUCAAAAGAAAAGCCAACUCCACGAGAGGAAGAAGAGAAGCAAAGAAAAAAGAGAAAGAAAGAGGGAGCAGAAUAAGGGGUCUCUCUCGGACUGAUUCCCUUCAAUAGCAUCUAUCUCUUCCCCACUUCUACACUCCCCCAUCUAUAUCUAUUCUCUCUUCCUCAACAACAACAACAUAAAAGGCUAACAAAGGAAGAAAGGAAGGUGCUGCAACAAAGAAAAAGUGGACAUAAAUUGUUCAUGGCAGUUCAAGCUCAAUACCCACCCAAUGUCCUCUUUCUAAACAGCAGAAAUGGGCAAGAAGGACAUGAAUACUCAUUACAACCACAACAAGGAGGAGGACUCCUCGAUCAAUCACAUAUGUUAUACAACAACAAUGGAACAAGUACUAAUUCUCGCAAGAGAGGAAGAGAAGGAACAGCAGCCACAGCUGCUGGUGCCCCUGCUAAUGUUAUCAAUCCAUUCUCUUUGCAAUCACAGCCUCCACAGCUUAUACACCUUUCUCAGCUCCAUAAUAAUCACCAACAAAAUGUGGUUUCCACUGGCCUACGUUUAUCCUUCGAUGACCAACAACAACAAAGACCACAACUUCAUCAACAUCAUCAACAACAACAACAACAACAUGGGUCUCCCUCCUCUGCUUUCUUAUCUCUGUUAUCCGAAUCCCAAAUCAAACAACAGCCAGAUGAAAUUGACCAAUUCCUUCAAGCCCAGGGAGAGCAAUUGCGGCAGACAUUGGCGGAGAAGAGGCAGAGGCAUUACCGGGCGCUGCUUAGCGCGGCAGAGGAGAUGGUGACGCGGCGGUUAAGAGAGAAGGAAGCCGAGGUGGAGAAAGCCACCCGCAAGAACGCAGAAUUAGAGGCACGCGCCGCCCAGCUAAGCGUGGAGGCGCAGAUGUGGCAGGCGAAAGCCCGGGCACAGGAGGCGACGGCGGCUUCCCUGCAAGCCCAACUGCAGCAAACUAUAAUGGCCAGUGGCGUCGGAGAGGACGCCGGAGUUGGCGUUUCGUGCGCCGUGGAGGGCCAGGCGGAGGACGCCGAAUCGGCUUAUGUUGACCCGGAGCGAGUGAUGAUGGCGGCGCGUCCGAAAUGCAGAGGGUGUGGGAAACGCGUGGCCUCGGUGGUUGUUUUGCCGUGUCGGCACUUAUGCAUAUGUACAGAAUGCGAUGCGCAUUUCCGAGCAUGCCCAGUUUGCCUCACCCUAAAGAAUUCAACUGUUGAAGUCUUUCUCUCUUAGCAACCCUCAUUUUACUAAAUUACCACAAUCCAUAUCCAUAACAGUGCCUUCCAAACAGGCCCUCAGCCCUCAGACAGAAAAUUCCAUAAAAACAAAAUAUAAAUAAAAUUACAGUUUUGUUUAACCUUUGAAAGGGGAUGUAACAUUUGAUUUGAGUACAUUUACCUUCAGAUGAUGUACAUGGCCACAUGGGUACAUGUGGCAUUUUAUUUUAUUUUUAUUUUUGUUAUUUCUCUCUC